AUGGCAAGAGGAGAAAUCUACGAAAUCCCAUCAGAAGUAUCCCACCCAGGAGAACCUCCGACGAAACGGAACAGUCAACUUGAAAAAGAAGAAAUUUAUGACAACCCAAUUACGAACGAUUUAAAGGACGAUGUAAUGGAAGAGGAUGAAGCGUUUGAGAGUAGUGGUCCUGAAGACGCAAACGAGCCGACGAUGGACAUCUUCAGUUAG